GUUAAGUUUAACCUCGGAGGGAGUAAAAAGUUGCAGGUACCACAGGUUGACAUUCGCCGCAAUGAAGAAGAGCCAAGCGACAACAACGGAUCGUGCCAUGAUGGUAAACCGACGCUUUCCAUUCAAGAUUCCAUGCCAGAGUCUCAGUACAUUGGGAGAUUACAGAGAGAGUCUUCGCCACCAGCAUUCCGAUUGAAGAUUCGCCAGCAGCCAGGAGAGGAUGACCAACAUAUUCAGAGUUUCGUUUUGAGAUCAUGUCUUAUCAAUGGAACACUUUCUUUCAGAAAA